AUGGAUGCGUUUGGUGGUUCGAGCGCGGCGUCGGGGGGGUGGGGCGAGCGGGGGGGGGAUGGGUCGGAUUCCGACGACGACGACGGCGGCGGCGCGCGGAUCGGCGCGCGCGGGGCGCGGUUGAUGAUCGAGAUCAAGCCCGAGAGCGCGGUGACGCGCGGGGCGAACGAUGGGCGGUCACUGGAGGGGUUCGUUUUCGACGCCCCGCCCAGGGCGCGGACGAUGGGGGGGGAGGGGGUCGGGAUGGGUGAUUUCGGCGCGGCGCUCGCGCUGGCGACGACUGGCGGAGAGGAGACGGUCGCGUCGGGGGACGUGAGGGAGGUUUUAAGGAAGGAUGAACGUACGUCUGGGGAAUCCGAUCGCGCGGGGUCGUCGAACGGUGAGCGCGAGCGAGCGUCGACGUCUGACAGGGCGGGGAUUCGGGAGACGGGGCGAAGCGGACGAAUGAGCCCAAAGCCGCCGCUCGCAGGGCAGAGCUCGUCGAGAGGAUUCGAUCCGUACGACAUGCUCGACGCCAUCGUCGGUAAAGAAUCGACGGAAGUGACCGACAUAGAUAGCGUCGCCGUCGAUCGUCUUCAUCCGUCGUCACCGCCAAAGAGACCGAGUCUGAGGGAUCGACCGACGAGUCGAGGGUCGUUCUCGACGUACUCGUUUACCGACUUGUCGGGAAGAAUUUCAAAGGAAAUUCCGAGUCCACGAGGUGGUCACCCGGGAUCGAGGAACUCACUCGGGGGCAUGGACUCGCAGACGGAGUUCUACGAGGAGUUGGCGCAGAUUUCGCUCCCCGACACGGACACGAUCAAGCCGGCGAAGGAGUUCGCGAGAGGCAUCGCUCUGUUCGACGCCAACAAGCUCAGCGAUAGUCUCUUCGCGUUCGUAUCGGCCGCUGUGAACGCUGUGCACAGCGAGGACCCGAUAGCGCGAAAGUGUGCGGCAUACGCGACGACGUGCAAGAUUCUCAGGGACUGUUCAACAAUUCUCGUCGCGAACGCGAGCGAGUGCGCUCGGCUAACGAGGCACUUGGUGGAAUUGGAUCACCUCGAGGAUCGACAUCGACGAGCCUGUCUUCGCUUCGGGAGCGCGAAGAACUUCAAGGCUGGGAACACUGGAGUGGCGGCGCGGAUGAUUCGGCAACUCACGGCGAUGUCUUCAUCCUCGGGCACGACGAACUUGGAAGCUAUGCUCGCGCAGUGUACGCAGCGGGGCGAAGUCAACGAGGACGUUCCGGAGGACGAGGACCCGCGUAAGAUGUGCGCCGCGACGUUGGAAUCCAUACCCAUCACCUCAAAUGGGAUUGUCUGUGGAUGCUGUGACGCGUUGCACUCGACGAAAGCGGCAUUCGAGACGGGGCAGUGCGUCGUGUGUCGCUCCACCCUCGCCGGGUCGCACAGACGUAACAGUCACAGAGCGUGGUGA